CUACACACGGCAAUGUCAAAUCUGUCACUUCACUUCAUUAUCGAAGUCUGAAAUUUUCGCGAUUAAAAAUCAACUUUUAUCGCUGUAAAGCUCGAAUUGCCGUUCCAGCAAUUGCCCUUCUAUUUUCUUCUGUGAAACACUUGUGGAAAUUAUGGCCGAUUCGCAAGGGAACGAUAAUACUACAUGCGUUGUAUGCUUUAAGAACGUGGUGUACUACUCCAUUGGAGAAUGUGACCACCCAGUUUGCUUCGAGUGUUCAACACGCAUGAGAGUGCUGUGUUUGCAAAAUGAAUGUCCUAUAUGUCGUCAAGACCUUGCGAAGGUGGUGUUUACGGAUACCGUUAAGCCGUAUAAAGAGCUUCGAAACAAGGUGUUUACUGAUAGACUCUUUGAGAGGCAAUUUAAAAUAGGGUUUUGUAGUGAAGAAAUCAAGAAAUCGUAUGAAGCCUUACUGCAAAACCAUUGCAAGAUCUGUGAUAACAUACCCCCUUUCCGUACAUUUGCUAUGCUUAAUGACCAUAUGAAGAGGGUGCAUGAGAGGUACUUUUGUGACCUUUGUGUGAAGCACUUGAGGAUUUUCACAAGCGAAAGAAGGUGCUACACUCGUCAGGAACUGGCCCAUCAUCGACGAAAAGGUGAUCUUGAUGAUACAUCUCACAGAGGUCAUCCUCUUUGUGAAUUUUGUGAAGAACGUUUUAUGGACGCGGACGAACUGUACCGACAUUUGCGUAAAGAGCACUUGUACUGCCAUCUGUGUGAUGUCGACGGACGCAACUUGUAUUACGCGUCGCAUUCUGCGCUCGCGCACCAUUUCCGAACGGAGCAUUAUCUCUGCGAGGAGGGCGAGUGUGCGGGUCAACACUUGACAGCUGUGUUUAGAAGUGAAAUUGAUCUCAAAGCUCACAAGGCGACAGUGCACGGGCGCGGUAUGAACCGCGGCGCGGCUCGACAAGCUCGCACUCUGGAACUGCAGUUCAAUAUCACUCCUCACCCUACUGCCGUGGUACAACGGGUUACCAGGGAGCGCGCGGAGCAGCGCUCGCCGUCGCCGCCGCCGCCGGUCGCGGCGCGCAUCGACCCGGCGAGCGACGAGCAGUUCCCGCGCCUGUCGGCCAACGCGCCCGCGCCCGCGCCGCUGCUCGCCGCGCCGUCUAGAGCUUAUAAAGGCACAGGAGGGUUAGCACGUAAUGACCGCAACUUCCCGGCGCUAGACGGUGCGGGACCGUCGCGGGCGCCCGCCCCGAGGCCCAACGCACCCGUUGCCGCUACUGUGCUUAGGAAUUCUAAACAGCCAAGCGUGUCAAUCCAAGUGCACAGCCAGCCGGCCAGCGCUAGCAACUUCCGGUUGACACAAACGAGCGGGAACCGCAUCACCAUACCGAAGAAGCCGCUCAACGACGAGGACUUCCCCUCGUUGCUCGGGCCAAGAGACGACCACCCCAGCCUUGGUGCGGCCACUCUACAGCCCGCCAAGGUAACACUGAUUAACAGCGAUGAAAUGCAAUCACUAAAGAAGCAACCAAGCCAUCAGCAAAAGAAAGCCCCGCUAAGUACUGAGGCGUUUCCCGCGCUUUCGUCGUCUUCUGCACCGACCGCGCCACCGCAGUGGAUAACUGUUUCCAAGUCGAAGGACAAGGGAAAGCAGACCCGCAGCCAACCGGAGCCGAACCCACCGCCCAGGGAACCGACAUUUAACCCUGUCGCAGACUUCCCCACUUUGCCAAUAAACACAAAAUCAAAGAAGAAAUCCCAAGCGGUCCCGAUUCAACUGACGAGACCCCAACCCGCUCCGCCCGCGCCGCAAACCAACACGCAGUCACACAACGAGGACACUAAAAACAAAAACAAAAAGAAAAAGAACGCUAACGCCAACGCCAACGCUCAGAAAGAGAAAGAAAAUGACACAGUGGUCAAUGGAGUGAAUGAGCGUAACGAGUACCUCGUGGCAAGUAUCAACAACAACAAUAGCAGCGGGGAAUCUGACAGAAAGAUCAAGACAAUCACUGACAAAAACAAUUCUAAUACAACUACGAGAACUGGAAAUGGAGACUUUGCGUUGAAGUCGAAAGAAUAUCCGCCACUCAAUCCGAAAGCUGAUAAUUUCGUUCCUCCUCCGCCCGUGCAGAUCAGGCCCGCGAUGAACGGGAGCGUGCCUCCGGGAUUCAAGAAGCGUCCGCCGUGUGACGGGAUGACGUUCACCAACUCGGCGGGACAAACGUUCCCCGCGCCCGUGCACCAGUACAUGCCGCCGGCGAACUUCGAAAGCAGGAAUCGGGCGCUAGUCAAGAAAUUCGCCGCCGCUUUAGGUACGAGCGACGCGGUGGAGGACUUUAAAGUCGCAUCUCGAGCGUUCAGGGACAGCAUUAUCGGCGCCGAGGAGUUCUACCAACAUUGUAAAACCGCUCUGGGGAGCAAAUUCGAGGAGCUAUUCCCGGAACUGGUCGCUCUGUUGCCGGAUAUAGCGAAGCAGCAGGAGCUGGUGGUGGGCAAGAACAUCAGCGCGUUGGACGUGUGCAGCACGUGCGGGCAGGUCAUCUCCAUCGCGGACACCAUUUCCCACGACACGGCCCACUGGCCCCCGCUCGCCCCGCGUUAGAUGCGCAUUGUGAUACUAUUUAAAUUUGUUUGUGUUCACACUCGGGUACUAAAUUAUAAAAUAACAAGGUGCUUAUCGCUUCAUCUUUCCGUACUCAUAUUGCGAUCCGAUUUAAGCCAGUUUACUUUUUUUUAUUUUUUUUACUUUACGUACUUGUCGCCUAUAGCUUAAGUAGAAGAGAUUGUAUAUACUACUAAAUUAAUGAUCACAGUUAUGAGAUGAAUGUGAUUAGCGUGUUACAUGGUGUAAAAUAUAUUGUUUAAAAGUUAA